CCCUCCCUCCUCUGUAUGACCGUCCUCUCCCUGGACGCAGAGUGGAUGAAGCCGCUUUCAGGAGAGUGGAGCCCAAAACAGACCCUGAGAUAUGUGGCUCUUAUCUCUCCUGGUGCCAGUCUUAUUCUGCAGGGUGGAAGGUUCCAUCUACCUCCCUCAGAGGCUCUAUGGGGAGGUGACUUCCCCUCUGUAUCCCAAGCCUUACCCCAGCAACUUAGAGACCACCACUGUGAUCACAGUCCCCACUGGAUAUAGGGUGAAGCUGACCUUCUGGCACUUUGACCUGGAGCCUUCUGAGAGCUGUUUGUAUGACUAUGUCAAGAUCUCUGCUGAUAAGAAAACGCUGGGGAGGUUCUGUGGGCAACUGGGUUCUCCACUGGGCAACCCCCCAGGAGAAAAAGAGUUUAUCUCCCAAGGGAGCAAGAUGAUGCUGACCUUCCACACAGACUUCUCCAAUGAGGAGAAUGGCACCAUUAUGUUCUACAAGGGCUUCCUGGCCUACUAUGAAGCUGUGGACCUUGAUGAAUGUGCUUCCCAGAGCAACUUGCUAGAGGAGAGUCCUCAGCCCCAGUGCCAGCAGCUGUGUCACAACUACAUUGGCGGCUACUUCUGUUCCUGCCGCGCAGGCUAUGAGCUCCAGGAGGAUGGGCAUUCGUGUCUGGCCGAAUGCAGCAGUGAGAUGUACACGGAGCCUUCAGGCUACAUCUCCAGCCUGGAGUACCCCCAGCCAUACCCCGCUGACCUGCGCUGUAACUACAGCAUCCGAGUGGAGCGGGGCCUCACCCUUCACCUCAAGUUCCUAGAGCCUUUUGAAAUCGAUGACCACCAGCAAGUGCACUGCCCCUAUGACCAGCUGCAGAUCUAUGCCAGUGGGAGGAAUAUCGGCGAGUUCUGUGGGAAGCAAAGGCCUGUUGAUUUCGACACCAACAGCAAUUCUGUAGACUUGCUGUUCUUCACGGAUGAGUCAGGGGACAGCCGGGGCUGGAAGCUGCAUUACACCACUGAAACCAUCAAGUGUCCCCAACCCAAGACACUAGAUGAGUUCACCAUCAUCCAGAACCUGCAGUCUCAGUACCAGUACCGUGACUACUACAUUGCCACCUGCAAACAAGGCUACCAGCUUGUAGAGGAGGACCAAGCGCUGCCCUCCUUCACAGCUGUCUGCCAGGAUGAUGGCACAUGGCAUCGCGCCAUGCCCAGGUGCAAGAUCAAGGACUGUGGGCAGCCCCAAAACCUGCCGAAUGGGGCCUUCAAUUACACCACCACAGAGGGGGUAAACACCUACAAGGCCAGUAUCCAGUAUUACUGCCAUGAGCCAUAUUACAAGAUGCAGACCAAAGAUGGCAGCAACGAGUUUGAGCGAGGGACAUACACCUGCACAGCCCAGGGCCUCUGGAAGAAUACGCAGGCGGGAGAGAAGAUUCCUCGGUGUUUGCCAGUGUGUGGGAAGCCUGUUAACCCUGUGCGGCAGAAGCAGCGCAUCAUUGGAGGGAAGGCAGCAGAGAUGGGCAACUUCCCUUGGCAGGCUUUCACCUCCCUCUACGGGCGAGGGGGUGGAGCGCUGCUAGGUGACCGCUGGAUCCUCACAGCUGCCCACACCCUCUACCCCAAGCACAAUGACAAGGCAAACAAUGCCUCUAUGGACGUGUUCCUGGGCCACGUAAAUCUUACGGACAUCCAGAAACUGUCAAACCACCCUAUCCGCAGGGUCAUCGUCCACCCAGACUACCUCCAGCACGACCCCCACAAUUUUAAUGCAGACAUUGCCCUGCUGGAGCUGGAAAACAGCGUCACCCUGGGCCCCAACCUCCUCCCCAUCUGCCUCCCUGACAACAAGAACUUCUAUGACUGGGGUCUUAUGGGCUAUGUCAGCGGCUUUGGGAUUAUGAAGAAUAAGUUAUCUGAUGACCUGAAGUUUGUCCAUCUGCCUGUAGCCAGGAGACCGGUAUGUGAGAAAUGGCUCCGGGCUCAGAAAAGUGUUGAUGUGUUUUCUGAAAACAUGUUCUGUGCUGGGGACCUGACUCUGAAGCAGGAUGCCUGUCAGGGAGACAGUGGAGGCGUCUUUGCUGUGAGGGAUGAGGACACUGGCCGCUGGGUAGCCACAGGCAUCGUCUCCUGGGGCAUCGGGUGUGGCAAUGGGUAUGGUUUCUACACCAAAGUGCUCAACUAUGUGGACUGGAUCAAGAAAGAAAUUGGAGAGGAGGACUGAGCCCAGAAGUCACCAGGUCAGAAUUCAAAGAGAAGUGUGUAAAGAAAAAACCAACCUGACCAGUUAUUGAUAACCACUAACAAUUGAUAUUAAAAUCACUGAUGCAGAAA